UCAAGAAGGAAGCAUGCGGCAGGACAUCGGGGUUAUGGUGGAGGACUAUCAUCUACAGUGACGGGUUCCCUGCGUGGCCCUGCGUGGCCUGGCCUCAGUUUCCCACCUAUCGAGUAAAGUUCUGCACGGUGGGUCUACGAGGUCUCUCCCACGCUAAGGUGGCGGCCGCAGGGCCUACAUACAUCAGGGCCAGUGACUGUUUCCUCCUGUUGUCACAGUGCUAAGGAAAAACAAUGCCUUUGGGCAGUCUGCUUGGCCUGCUGAGGCACUGUGGUAUGAGAGCAGCCUUCCCUACACCCCGCCACCUACACACAUCCCCUUGGAGAGCUGACUGCAACAGGGCUUCACUCACUCGACUGUGCCGCCAGGCCUCUGCUCGUCUCUUCCCUGUGCUGUUGGUCAAGCAGGACGGCUCUACUAUCCAUAUCCGAUACCGGGAGCCACGGCGCAUGUUAGCGAUGCCCCUAGACCUGGAUGCCCUGUCUCCAGAAGAGCGCAAAGCCCGGUUCCGAAAACGUGAGGCUCAGCUCCAGCAGAAGAGGGAAGAAGAGCCAGAGGUAUUUGACAGUUUUGACACCGAACAGUAUAAACAGUUUUGGACCAAGACCAAGAAGUAACUCUGUCAGGGAGUUCCACCAGGGACAUUUUGUAAGGCUGGAGGGCAUCUGUCUAUUUAGCAUACAUUCUUGAAGCCACG